UGUCGAAUGUCAACAUUUCAAAUAAACACAAUGGUGUUAUGAUGUGGAACUUUAAGUUUGUAUUUGUUUGAUGAGAUUAUCGUUCUUUUAAUAUUCCCCUGAAGAUAUUGAUGAUUUUCUAAAUAUGGAUUCGAUGUAUAAUCGUGUCAAAAGCGUUGUUGGUGCUAUAGUAAGUGGAAACGAAGCUGGAACUAGCAAUGACUAUUUUCUAUCGAGGCAACAAAAAUUGGAACCUAAAUUUCCAUACAACAGGCCACAUUUUCUGCAAUUAGACGAUGAGGAAAUUCAUAUAUCGGCAGAUCAUCGUCUUAGACCAAUAAUUCAUCCCAGCAAACCACUUUCACAUUAUGCUGGUUAUGCUGAAUGUAUUAAUGCUGGGAAAUCCCGGUGGAAUGAAGAUCAGGCUGUUUUCAGACGAGGUGUUCUGACCAAACCGGAUGUUCAAUUUUCAAUACCAUAUUCUUACUAUGGAAUUUUUGAUGGUCAUGCAGGUGUUGGGGCUGCUUUAUGUGCAGCCAAUCAAUUACACCAUAUCAUACAUGAGAAAUUGGUUGACGCUCAAGACGAUAUUUGGGCUGACUUCAAUUGUAAUAAAUCGUCAACUUGUAAACAAACUGAUCUUUUGGUGAUUGGUGCAUUAGAAGCUGCUUUCAAAGAAAUGGAUCAACUGAUUGCUGAAGACAGAAUGAAGUACCUAGCAGCAGGUGGAUGUACUGCUUGUGUAGCCUUAUUCAUCUUAGGGAAAUUGUAUGUAGCCAAUGCUGGUGAUUCCAGAGCCAUUUUGUGCAAUAAUAAUAGUUAUCAGCCACUGUCUUUAGAUUUCACUCCAGAAAGUGAAAGGGAUAGAAUCAGAUUGCUUGUUAAGGAACAACCUAGUUUAUUAGGAAAUGAGUUCACCUCGAGAGAAUUCAUUCAGCCUUUACAAACAACAGAUCUUGGUAAAACAGUCAUGUAUCGUGAUGCUCAUAUGAAAGGUUGGGCUUAUAAAACUGUUGAACAAGAUGACUUGAAGUGUCCAGUCAUAAUUGGUCAUGGUAAAAGAAGCCGAUUGAUGGGCACAAUUGGUGUUACCAGAGGAUUCGGAGAUCAUGAUUUAAAUGCUAUUCAUACCAAAGUUCAAAUAAAGCCUUUAUUGUCCCACCAGCCAGAGGUGCAAGUGUACAAAAUCACCAGUACUGACGAAAAAGAAGUAGUGGUUAUGGGUACCGAUGGUUUGUGGGAUGUAGUAUGUUGUUCAAAAGCUGCCGAAAUAGUUAAGAAGUCCAUAGAAAACUUUAGCGAGAAAGAACGUUACGUUUGUGCUGCCACUUGCUUGGUUGGCUUUGCCAGAGGUUCACUAAUAAACGACCAUAACUGGCAGUUGAAGAAUGGAAAGCAAGCAUCCUGUGAUGAUAUUUCUGUUCUUGUUAUUCCAACAUUCCCUUAUAAAUUAGAGUAUCUUGAAUUAUGUGAGAAAUAUAACAAGAAAAUUAGUGAUACAUGAAAUGCGCAUUCUUUAAUGUAAAUUUAACAUUUUUCUAUUUCUAUCAAUAAUAUUUUGUAGUUUGUAACAAUUUCCACUGAAAUUAGAAUAACCGCUAUUUUAAUGAAUGUAUGUAUUAUUAUUUAUAAAAACAUAUUUGCUCAUAUCAAAACAAUUGAGCAUCAUAAAUUGUAUCAUAAGCAAACGAGUUUUUAAAAAGAUAUUUAUAAUUGUCAAAUUAAAACAAAAUGAAUUUUA